GCUGCUAGGAGAAGUGGGGGAGUGACGACUUGUUCCUGGAAGAGCCAGCCUGCGGAGUCAGUCACAUUUUUGGCUGGGAUUCAAUGACUGAGCCAGACACACACAAACACUGAGAUAGGGGGGCUGCGAGGGAGAGAGAGAGGGGCGAGUGAGUGAGCAAGCGCAACCCAGCUCACAGACUAGCCAUCUCCAGUACACAGGCAUAGCGAACAGCGGGGGCAGACGGAGUGUAUGCGUCGGGCUAUACUGCAGUAUUCCACAGUUUAAAGGAGGUUCCAAACGGCUUUUUACUGUGUUUUAUACCUGAUACAUAGAGAGAGAAGGCUUUGCUUUAUCGGUCGAUACUUUUUCUGGAUCUUCGAAAGCAUUAUUCCUUUUUUGUAGGAGUUUUAGAGGGACGCGUUUUAGAUAUGGACAGUCAGGAGUGUACUGCAGGGGAAGACUCGCCUGUGUCACCAUUCGCUUAGUAGGCUAGUCAACGGAAUUGGAAACUCAUUGCCCGGGACUUUUUUGUGGAUGUUUGAUGAAGCGCUUUCUGCACUUGGCUAAUUCUCGGAGACCUUGGAUUUACAAGGAACCGGAACCAAUCGUGGCUUUCAAUUGUUUUAGUUUUCCCCAGUUGAAAGGAACUCUCGCUUUCAAAGUCUUAGUGAAAACAUGGAGACUGUAACUCGACAAAGCUUCCAACCUCACCCAGGACUGCAACAAACUCUCAAGCAGUUUCAUUUGAGUUCUAUGAGCUCCCUCGGCGGACCGGCGGCGUUUUCUGCUCGAUGGCCACAUGACCUCCUGUUCAAGAAGGAUGGGAAAGAGCCCGAGCCCGUGCUGCAUCUUCCCAUGCAGCCGCGGACAGUGAUGCCGGGACCCCUCUUCAUCCCCUCCGACCGCUCCACGGAGAGGUGCGAGACGGUCCUGGAGACCGAGACUGUCUCCUGUUUCGUGGUCGGCGGCGAGAAACGGCUGUGCUUGCCGCAGAUCCUCAACACCGUACUGCGGGAUUUCUCCCUUCAACAGAUCAACUCGGUGUGCGACGACCUCCACAUCUACUGCUCCAGGUGCACGGCGGAACAGCUGGAGAUCCUCAAAGUCAUGGGGAUUCUCCCCUUCUCUGCGCCUUCCUGCGGACUCAUCACCAAAACGGAUGCGGAGCGCCUGUGCAAUGCCCUGAUUUACGGGGGCACCUACCCGCCGCACUGCAAGAAAGAGUUCACGGGCUCACUGGAGCUGGAGUUCACGGAGAAAAGCCUCAAAAUAUACCACGAGUGUUUUGGAAAGUGCAAGGGUCUCUUCGUCCCGGAGCUGUACACCAGCCCCAACGCAGCCUGCAUCCAGUGCAUUGACUGCAGACUCAUGUACCCGACCCAUAAAUUCGUGGUGCACAGUCACAAAUCGUUGGAAAACAGGACUUGCCAUUGGGGCUUCGACUCCGCCAACUGGAGGGCAUACAUCCUCUUGGGCCAGGAUUACACGGGGAAGGAGGAGAGGGCGCGCCUAGAGCAGCAUUUGGACGACAUUAAAGAGAAAUUUGACUUCGCCAACAAAUAUAAGAGGAAAGCAUCCAGGGCAUCAGAUCCCAUCCCAGCCAAGAAGUCUAAACAUGAAGACUUCCCAUCGCUGCCCCUGUCCGAGAAGCAACCCGAUUGGCUACGAUCCCUCUCGGCUUCGGCCAAUAAGACUCUCAACUUUUUCCAGCCCAGACAAAGGCCCUCGGCUUUCAGGCCCUGGUCCCCUAACCUCUCAGCUGGGGACAAAGACACGCCCAGCCACCCUCUGGCUCUCCUGAGAGACAGCCUCUACAACUUCAAGACCAUGGAGAACGCUGUGUCCCCAAACGUGGCCCUCACGCCCCCACCCCUGACAAAGGCAGGGCCCCUGUUGUCCCCAUCUGUGCCUAGCACCUCCCACCCCAGCACCGGCGAGGCCACAGGAAAGGGGGCCAGCCCCAUCUCCAGGCCCCGGAAGAGGAGGGCCACAGGGGAGCCCCCCUGUCCCCCAUCGGCUGUAGCCAGCAAGCCUCCACCCCAGGAGGACAAGGACUCGGAAGUGGAGAUCGAGGUGGAGAGCCGAGAGGAAUUCACUUCCUCCCUGUCCUCCCUGUCCUCCCCAUCCUUCACCUCCUCCAGCUCAGCCAAGGACAUGAGCUCGCCCGGCGCCCAGGUCCCGGUGUGUACGGUGACUUCUGCAGUGUUGAGCCCCGUGGGUGGCCCUCUCGCUGGGGUAGCGGCGGUGGUGUUGGCCCCUGAGGGCCCCGGCCCCGGGGGUCUGGAGUCGGAGUUGGAGAUCAUGAGGCAGGCGCUGGACAGCGGGCUGGACUCCAAGGAGUCUAAGGAGAAGUUCCUGCAUGAGAUCGUCAAGAUGAGGGUGAAGCAGGAGGAGAAGCUGGGCUCAGCCCUGCAGGCCAAACGCAGCCUUCAACAGGAGUUGGAGUUCCUGCGGCUGGCUAAGAAAGAGAAGCUCAGGGAGGCCACGGAGGCCAAGCGGAACCUGAGGAAGGAGAUUGAGCGCCUUCGCGCCGAGAGCGAGAAGAAGAUGAAGGAGGCUAACGAGUCGCGCGUGCAUCUGAAGAGGGAGCUGGAGCAGGCCCGGCAGCUCCGAGUGUGCGACAAGGGCUGCGAGGCGGGCCGUCUGCGCACCAAGUACUCGGCACAGAUGGAGGACCUGCAGAUGAAGCUCCAGCAUGCCGAGGCGGACCGCGAGCAGCUCCGGGCAGACCUACUGCAGGAGCGGGAGGCCAGGGAACACCUGGAGAGAGUGGUCAAGGAGCUGCAGCAGCAGCUGUGGCCCAAGGAGCAGGACACGCCUACCAAGGACACCCCCGUCAACAACUAACCCUUCCCACAACCAACCCCCCGCCAAUCCCCCAUUAUCAGCACCCCGAAACAAAACUA